UCUCCUUGGGGUGACAGCGAAGGCUGAGAGGUGGCAGGAGCCCCAUUUCAGAGGCAAUCCCCCCACGCUCAAAAAACACCCUUGAGUAAGAGCCAAAGGCACCUCACAAACCGCAACCAUGAAUGGGACAGAAGGCCAAGACUUCUACGUGCCCAUGUCCAACAAGACCGGGGUGGUGCGGAGCCCUUUCGAAUACCCCCAGUACUACCUGGCUGACCCCUGGAAGUUCUCGGCGCUGGCUGCCUACAUGUUUAUGCUGAUCCUGCUCGGCUUCCCCGUCAACUUCCUCACGCUGUAUGUCACCAUCCAGCACAAGAAGCUCCGGACGCCUCUAAACUACAUCCUUCUGAACCUGGCGGUCGCUGACCUCUUCAUGGUCUUGGGAGGCUUCACAACCACCAUGUACACUUCGAUGAACGGGUACUUUGUCUUUGGAGUAACAGGGUGCUACAUCGAAGGCUUCUGUGCUACGCUGGGUGGUGAAGUUGGUCUCUGGUCGCUGGUUGUCCUGGCUAUCGAGAGAUAUAUAGUGGUCUGCAAGCCCAUGAGCAACUUCCGCUUCGGGGAGAACCAUGCCAUCAUGGGCGUUGCCUUCUCCUGGGUCAUGGCCUUCGCGUGUGCGACUCCCCCACUGUUUGGCUGGUCCAGGUACAUCCCCGAGGGCAUGCAAUGCUCGUGUGGGAUCGACUAUUACACUCCAAAGCCAGAGAUCAACAACGAAUCCUUUGUCAUCUACAUGUUUGUGGUUCACUUCACAAUCCCGCUGACGAUCAUUUUCUUCUGCUAUGGGAACCUGGUUUGCACUGUCAAGGAGGCUGCCGCCCAGCAGCAAGAGUCUGCUACCACCCAGAAGGCAGAGAAGGAAGUGACCCGCAUGGUCAUCAUCAUGGUCAUCUCCUUCCUGAUGUGCUGGGUCCCCUACGCCAGCGUCGCUAUCUACAUCUUCACCAACCAGGGGGCGGACUUUGGGCCCAUCUUCAUGACCAUCCCGGCUUUCUUUGCCAAAAGCUCCGCCAUCUACAACCCUGUGAUUUACAUCGUAAUGAACAAACAGUUCCGUAACUGCAUGAUCACAACCCUCUGCUGCGGCAAGAACCCGCUGGGCGACGAGGACACGUCUGCUGUCAAGACAGAGACCUCGACCUCCUCCGUCUCCACCAGCCAGGUCUCUCCCGCGUAGGCCCCGCUGGAGCGGCCAGUCCUUGGGGCGUGCGUCGCCGCCCCGGGAGCACGAUGCUGCCACCACCCGCCCCCGCUUCACCACGGCCACAGCCCCGCAGGGCGGGCUCCUCUCUCCUGGCACUAGGAACCCUGGGAACAAGGCUGUAAAUGUGUACACACGUUUUGUAAUUAAAAUGCAAAGGCUUAGCUCCUCCACUGGC